AUGGAGCAGGGAUCGGGAGGCAUAAUCGAUUGGGGGAUGUUCGAUCCUCGUCUGAUCGAGAAGGGAGAUGGUGGAGCAGCGAUGUUUGCGGCAUAUUGCGGCGGUAAUCGGGUGGCCCAACGAGCAGACGACAACCCUAGUGGUCGAAAGUUAUUGGCACAUCCAGGAGGACCAAUGAAGACUAAUAAAGUUGUUGCAUUAGCCAAGUUUCUGGAACGGAAGUCACAGGAACCUAGUGGAUUAUCUUCUAUUAAUCCCAAACUUGUGGAAUUGGCUGUGAAAAAUGCCAAAGAGACUGUUAGAGCAAGCAAUGCUUCAAAUUCAGAAAGGAGAAUACAACAUGUAAACUCAUUUGGUGACUAUAAGGAUAUGAUUGAAGAAGACCAAGAAAUGGAAGUGAAGCCAAUCAAACUGAAGAAAAAGAAGAACAAAAAGAAGAAGAAAAAAAAGAAGGUGCAUUUUAUUUUUGACCUUUGGUUUUAG